UGACAGCCCUGCGCAGUAAUCUAAAGAGACACAGUAGUUGUCCGGGUAGAGCGAGCCAGUCAGUUGACGACGGUUGACGAUGGCGGGGUUCAGAGGGCUGUUUCUCCUUUUAGUGGCAGUUCUAGGACAGGUGUCCUUGGCUUUCUACACCACAACUGACUCCAGUUACAACAGACGGUCAUCAAGCUCUUACCCUUGGAAUGGAAUGGCGACCACAUACCCGUGGUAUGGGGCCACUACAGACAGAGGAACCACGUCGGACUGGCGAUAUCAGACGUCAUCUGGCAGCAGUUACGGCUGCGGAACAAAACACAGCAACAGCUUGUCGGGGUACAUCACAUCUCCUAACUACCCAGGGGACUACUUCAACAACGCCCACUGCGAAUACAUUAUCGACCCUGGCACUUACGUCUACCUUCACGUUGUCGACAAAAACCUGGAGCCUUGCUGUGACCAUCUCGUGAUAUAUGAUCAACAUGACAACAACGUGACUGACACCGACUAUCUUUAUGGGAGGUACUUCCGGGUGGUGUUUACUUCUGACAGUAGCGAAGUCUAUAGAGGCUUCAAACUGUACUAUGGCCCAGAUUAUUCAUCAAUCGCGGCGUAUCUCUCUACAGACUCAAGUUACAACAGACGGUCAUCAAGCCCCUACCCUUGGAAUGGAAUGGCGACCACAUACCCGUGGUAUUGGUCCACUACAGACAGAGGCUGGGGCUCCCGAUGGCCUUACGCAAGCACCGAAGGAACCACGUCGGACUGGCGAUAUCAGACGUCAUCUGGCAGCAGUUACGGCUGCGGAACAAAACACGGCAACAGCUUGUCGGGGUACAUCACAUCUCCUAACUACCCAGGGGACUACUUCAACAACGCCCGCUGCGAAUACAUCAUCGACCCUGGCACUUACGUCUACCUUCGCGUCGUCGACAAAGUCAUGGAGUCUUGCUGUGACCAUCUUGUGAUGACUCAUCAUUCCCGACGUAUCCCACGACAGACUCCAGUUACAACAGACGGUCAUCAAGCCCCUACCCUUGGAAUGGAAUGGCGAGCACAUACCCGUGGUAUUGGUCCACUACAGACAGAGGCUGGGGCUCCCGAUGGCCUUACGCAAGCACCGAAGGAACCACGUCGGACUGGCGAUAUCAGACGUCAUCUGGCAGCAGUUACGGCUGCGGAACAAAACACGGCAACAGCUUGUCGGGGUACAUCACAUCUCCUAACUACCCAGGGGACUACUUCAACAACGCCCACUGCGAAUACAUCAUCGACCCUGGCACUUACGUCUACCUUCGCGUCGUCGACAAAGUCAUGGAGUCUUGCUGUGACCAUCUCGUGAUUUAUGACCAACAUGGAAACGACGUGACUGGCAAUGUUUAUCUUUAUGGGAGGUACUUCCGGGUUGUGUUUACUUCUGACGGCAGCAAUGUCCAAAGAGGCUUCAAACUGUACUAUGGUCCAG